GACUGUCCUCUACUCGAAGGCUGCCACUCAGCAGCUGUCAGUUUCGGCGGACAUCACUGGUGAGGCACUGAAGGAGAGGCUUCGCGAAGCCUUGGGCCUGGAUGCAGAGGUGACUUUGGCGCUGAGCUUCCAAAACGGGUCACGAAACUCCGUGAAGAAAGUCUUGGAAGCACAGCAAAGCCUUGGCGAGCAGGGCGUCGAAGACGGCGCUUCGUUGACAGUUAAGGCUGACGCCGUGGAGGUUCGGCCGGAGAAUUCCUUCCUACGGGAGUCCAUUCGCAACAACGGUGGCAACAGCUACUACUAUGCGCACGCCAACGAAAAGGAGCUUCCACCGGAGCUCCGCUACGUGUAUGGGGGCGAGCCCAUCAAGCUUGAGUCCCAAAAUGCGGACUCAGGCGAUGCGAUUAAGGCGUCUGCUGCCCGGCCCCUGACAAAGUAUUCCUGGGCAGACGAGGGCGACUUUGUCUGCAUCUACGUCUCCGCCGAGGGAGAGCCUGAGGCGAUUGAGGCAGCCACUCGCGGAGAAGUGAAGGUCAGUUUUGAUGUGCGUUCGGUUGAAGUGCGCGUAUGUGAUGGCGCCAAGGAGUUCGCUCUCAGCCUCAAGCAGCUGGAGGGCGAAAUUGUCGCGGAGGAGUCCAAGCACCGCGUGAGCGCAGGGAAGAGGAUAAGCCUCAAGAUGAAGAAAAAGAGGACUGCACAGGCCUCAGGAUCGUGGGAGUGCUCCCAACCGGAGUUUGCCGGUCUCCGCCUGUUUCACACUCUCUGCUUUUUCAGUUCUUGCAGGCAGACUUGUUCCGAAAGCUCGUUUUGGAGGAUCUCUCUGCCUUGA